AACCUAGUGCGGCUAUGUCCGGGAAAAAAUGUUUAUUCAAUUUAUGUUUUUUUUAAUAUACACGCUAGCGACAUGUUUCAUUCGUUAAUUCUUGAAAAACAAAUACAAGGAGCGCAGAAAUACAGAAAUCUAUAUUCAUAAAAAUUACACAACCACCAGAUGUCGACUUUGGAGGGACUUGGAUGGUGUCUUGAAGCAUGUGGUGGAGUGACUUCAUUAGUUGGUUAUUCGACUUGGAAUUGGAAUGAGGCUUUCUUUGGUGUUUCUUCUGGCCUGGAGCUGUGCCUUUUUUGGCCAGAGUCAUCAGGCGAGCCGGGAUCUCGGCUUGGAGUUAAGGUUAAAGGAACUAGCUUCCAUUAAGGAGACAUUGGACCAACAUACCGACAAGCUAAGAGUUUUGGAAACCAAUCUAGACCUGGUUCUAAGCAAGGUCCUUUUCCUAGCCGAGCAGGAGGGAAGGAGCUCCAGAGAAGACCUCCUGGAGAAACCCGAAAACACCACGAGUGAAGUUAACCAAGAGAUGCUACCCGACCUCGAACCUUCCCUACCAGUGGACUUCCACCAGGCCAACAAAUCCGAUUGCCAUGAACUGGAUGAGAAGCAGCGCAUUAGUGGCGUUUAUAGAUUUCUAGAACCAGAUACCAAUGAACUCCAGAGGGACUUCUAUGAGAGGUACUGCUUCUUCGCCAGUGAGGGACCCGCCUGGACGGUGAUUCAGCAAAGGGGUUUCUCCGAUCCACCAGAGGACUUCCAACGCACCUGGGAAGAGUAUCGUGCGGGUUUCGGCAACUUGUCCGGUGAUUUUUGGUUUGGGAACGAAUUUACACACAAGAUUCUCUACCGGGACGAUUACGAACUUAGAGUGGAACUGACGGAUGGAGACAAGCAGCAAUACAGUGACUGGGCCGAGUAUUCACUAUUUCGAUUGGACAGCGAGGCGUACAACUAUCAGUUGACGGUGGACGGUGGAUUCCGGGGUACCCUGGACGAUGCCCUGGAGUUGCUCAAUCAGGUGGACUUCAGCACCCAUGAUCGGCGGAGUGAUCUCUCCCGGGUAGGAGCCUCCUGCAGUGAGUUAUACGGCGGCGGUUGGUGGUUCAACGAAUGCACAGAGUCUAAUUUGAAUGGCCACCAAGAAGACCACCAAACAGCCAUCAUUUGGCCUGGUUGGGUAUCAGGGAUCGGGCAAUCCGGAACCAGGAGCUCGCGCAUGAUGAUCCGACCCGUUGUACGCGCCACGGAAGAAAUUACGGAUAAAAACGAAGUUUAAGACAUUUGAAUUAUUUCAUCGAAGUAACUUGGAGAUUUAAAUGGAAAGUUGAAUUGUAGAUGUUGCCUCGUAUUUACAAAUAAACGUACAAAUAAACGUUACCGAUAGCUAUUACUAAUGAAAGCUUCGAUAGUGACAUCUCUGGUGAAA